AGUGAAUCACGAUCUUUUUUCAAACCACUAUCGGUUGCUGUACAACACAAUAAUCAAGGCACGCUUACGUCUAAUCUAAAAAAAGAAGAUAGUUGAAGAACAAAAAAGAAUGUGCGCGUUAUUUUUAUCAUUUUUGUAAAUGUAGAAAAUAUACUUUAUAUCUUUUAAGAAUAUUGAAAUUACAUAUUACAUUGUUGGAAUAAAGCAACAUUUGAUUACAUAUCAAAGAUAAGAUUAUUAUAUAUUAUUCUUAAAUUUGAGGCAUGCGCAAAAGCUGUAGACGCAUCAUCACUGGGAUUUUUAUUACAUUUCCCUUCACCGCGCAAACCCCUGACGUGCCCAUAAACUGAAAUGGGGAAUAACCUAAACCGUUUUCUCUGUAAUUUUUAGAUGUCAACUAUUUUAUUUAGACAGUGAAGUUGAAUUUCAUUUAUAAUUUAGAGGUGAGCUCAUUCAGUAUCAUCCUUAAGACUCAGUAAGAGUCGUAUUUGUAUUGAUAGUGUUAUUGUGUGCCAGUAGAAUAAAAUAUGAUCGUGAACCAACAGAAUACUGAAUAUUUUUCUAUGUUUGAAAAAAGCAUGUCUUCCUAUCCAUUGACGCCCCCAUCGAGUUUAGAAGAUUCUCCACAGUCAGUUUUACUUGUUGCUUCGCCAAAUUCAAAUACUUUUGAAUAUGAAACUUAUGAACAUUCUCCUAUGCAAAUCCCACAUACAUUUGCAGUACAACCAAAUAUAAUGAUAGACCCAAACAGCCUCAUUAAGACAGAAACAAGGCCGUCGUUACGUUUUAUCGAGCAACCGACGGACCGAUUCAGAUUUCGAUAUAAAUCAGAAAUGGCGGGGACGCAUGGCAGUUUAACAGGAAUAAAUUCUGACAAGUCCAGAAAACCAACUUACCCUACAGUAGAAUUAAAAAAUUUUUCCGGACGCGUAAUCGUCAGAUGUUCGAUAUACCAAUCAAAUGCAGACGGCAAAGAUUUUUUACCUCACGCCCAUAGAUUAAUUAUGAAAAAAGGGAAAGAGGAGCAUGAUGAUCCUCACGACAUUAUAAUUGGACCUGAAGAUGGAUACAGAGCAGUAUUUCAAGGAAUGGGUAUCAUUCAUACAGCUAAAAAAAAUAUUGUAUCUGAAUUAACAAGGAAAAAGUUGCAACUCAGACGGGAAUUCGUUGCACGAAAAGAAGGUGAGCUGAGAGAACUUUCUACCAAAGAACAAGUUGAGAUUAAAGGAUUGGCUGAAUCCGAAAGUAAAUCAAUUAAUCUGAAUAUUGUUUGUCUAAGAUUUGAUGCUUUUAUUAAAGAUAAUGGUAUUUUAUAUCCAAUUUGUGAUCCGAUAUAUUCCCAUGGCAUAAAUAACCUGAAGAGUGCACUCACAGGAGAUUUGAAGAUUGUCCGUUUGGAUCAUGUGGUUAGUCCGGCUAAGGGCAAAAAAGAGGUCUUCAUCUUAGUUGAAAGGGUGACUAAGAAAAAUAUCAAAAUCCGUUUCUACGAAUUAGAUGAUGAAGACAGAGUUGUUUGGCAAGACUGGGGACAAUUCAACGAUUUGGACGUUCACCAUCAAUAUGCAAUCGUGUUUAAGACCCCAAAGUACCGAGACGAGAACAUCACUUCGCCGGUUCGAGUGUUCGUCGAAUUAUUUCGACCGUCCGAUGGCGCCAGAUCAGAACCCCGAGACUUUCGCUACAUCCCCAACAAGCCAAUCUUCAAAGCCGGCCAGAAGAGGCCACGAUACGAUUAUGGUUCAUCAAGUUACAGCAGUUCGAAUCCGGGCAGUGAAGAAUUACCAGUUCCCAUCGAUAAUUUACAAUUGGAACAGAGUCCGAUUUUUAGCGAGAUGAGUCCUCUUAGCGUUCCUAGCGGACUGAGCGAAGAAAUCAAGAGGGCCAUGAAUAAUAUCAAUUCCGACGAGUUCAGAAGGAUAUUUGAUGCGCACAUGGAUGAAUAUGUUUCCGUUUGCGAGACUACGGAUGCGCCUAAAGUCGCAGAAAAUAUGCAACUAAUAACCAGGAGGAAAACAGAAGCGUUGCUGGCUCAAGCGGAAAAAUCUGAGGGUAUUAAAAUGGAAGUCACGGAUCAAGAACGUAGGAUGGCUAUAAAAGUAGUUGAGGAAUUGAGGAGCUUCUACAGGACGACACAUACACCACAAUUAGCUAUACGGAUAUUAAAUCAUUAUUUUCUUGAAGACAAAAGAACGAACGCUCUGCAUAUCGCCAUAUGUCAAAGAGACAAUCAGUCUGCGUUACUUUUACUAAAAAUAAUGGUAACAUACAGACAAUUUGAACUCAUAAAAAAAUCCAACAACGAACAGCAGACACCUCUGCAUUUAGCCGUUCUGUGCUUUAACGGACCCAUGGUCAACUCUCUUUUGAUGUGCAGGGCUCGCAUUUCCGCCUUAGACAGCGAUUUGAACACACCUUUGCACUUGGCGAUAAAUUCGAAUGCUCCAAUCGAAAUUUUGGAAAUGUUGCUGAUAAAAAGAGAAUGCGAGAAUGUAAAAGACUUUAUAGAUUUAGAAAAUGAACAGGGUAAUACAGCUCUUUUAUUGGCCAUUGAGAAAAAGAAGCUGGCUGCCAUCAAACUGCUUUGCAAGGAAGGUGCCGACAUAAAUAAAAUACAUCCGAAGAACGGGUUCGUUCCAUUGCGAUUUGCCAUUGAAAAACAACAUACGGAUAUUGUAAAAUUCCUUCUAACAUUAAAUUCCAUAGACGCCACAAUUAAAGAUUUCCAAAAUGUCUCGCCAUGGGCUGCGGCUUUCAGCAAAGACGCCAAUGAAGAAAUUACAAAAGCCGUCCAGAAAUUUAUGGCUGACAAUAGUAUACCAUUUGAGGUUAAAGAAGAACCCGAAGAUGACUCCGAAGAUGAAAUGGAGAUAGACGAGGAAUUUGAAGUCAAAAAAGAAUUGCCUCACUUAACACCAGAUGAACUGGAAACCAUGUACAAAAAAGUCGAUACUUUAACACCACAAUGUUUGGACGAGGUCUCUGACAUAUUGGACAAAAGCGAAAAUUGGAAAUGUUUGGCUGAACUUCUCGAAAUUGAACACUUAAUUGACAGCGAAAUUAUUAAAUCUGACAUCAGUAUGAGCAAAGCUGUGCUAACGUACUCUAUUGAGACAAACCGAGAUUCUAUAUGGAUGAUCAGAAAUUUCUUGGAGAACCUCGACGAAUUCAAAGCUGUCGAAAUAAUGGAUAGGAUGGUACAAGAGUUACAGAAAUGUUAAAAUGUUUGUUUUUUUGUAUCUAUACACUGUUUUUAAUGUAAGAUUUUAUAUUUGUUUUGAUUUACGAUAAGUAUUUUUGUACAUAGAUAAUACAAAUAAACCAUUAGAUAUAUUAGUUCUUUAUA